CCCUGGGUGCUACAUGCUGUAUAUGUCUACUCCUGAGUUCCCCACAUAGAUCUUUAGAAAAAAACAUGUGGUCACGAAAUCUUUUAAUUGCUUCUGUAAUUGUCUUUUUGGCAACAACAAUUUCAACUGCUCCUGUGGAAGAGAAAGAGCCAGAGGAGAUAGAGGUAGAGGACGGUGAAGAGGAACUCUCAGAAGAGGAGGAGGAUGAUGAUGACUCCAAGAGUCAGGAAAAGAAUAUGGGAAUUGGAGCACAGCAAGCUACCACAGUAUCUAAAGGCCUGGGUUUAAGCGCUCAACCUGGCACCUCAUUCCAGGGCGAAGCUCCGAAUGGACAUAAACUCAAUGGGGAUAGUGCCAUGCAAGCUGGGCCUGACCGUAAUGGUGGUGGUGGAGGAGGGGGAGGUGGUGGAGGAGGAGGAGGAGGUGGAGGAGAUUCACAUACUUCACCAUCUGACCCCAGCUCCCAUGAUGCUUCUUUGCCAGGACAUGCAGGCUCAUCUUUAGAUACCAGUAUUGCAGGUCCCAGUUUGGAUCCGAGUCAAACAGGUGCAGGGGCUCAUGGCAGUUCAGUGUCACACGUGCAAGCCCCAGGAAAAGUGGUUGUCCACCCAGGAACAGGGGUUGUCCACCCAGGAACAGGGGUUGUCCACCCAGGAACAGAGGUUGUCCACUCAGAUACAAUCUCUCACGGCUCAAUGGGACAAGCAGGAGGGACCUCCACUCUCAUCAUUAUCCAUGAGGCUCAUCCACAGCCUGCAGGUGGCAGCAUUCAUACAUUUGAUGCUGCUGUCUAUCAGACUGAGGCUCCAACAAGUGAGACUGAAAUAGAGUCGCCUGAGUAUGACACACCUGAAUCACCUGAGUUUAAUGGUAAUGGUCACAAGCUGCUGAUUGGAGGAGCAGUAGAAAAUGGACAUGCAGCUAUACCUGUAGUCACUGACCUCUUCAUUGAGGACACAACUCACAUGGAUCCCACAGGUGCUAUGGAUCCACUUGGUGCAAGUUCUCACCUGGACAAUACAGGUAUUAUCGACCAAUCCAGCCAUGACUUCCUCAUUGGUUUAAUGGGUGGUGUGGGGGAUCCGUAUGCUUCUGACAUCCAUAUCGACAUCUCAGAUCACACUGGAAUGACUUCCCAAUUAGACUCAAUAGCUGUGGGUUCGGGUCCAGGACCGGCGUUGUCGUCCAGUAGCAGCCCGGGUCCAGACGUUCCACCAGGCCUUGGAGAUCACAUAGGUCUAAUAAGUGAUUUUACAGGCCUUACUGACUACUCAGGGCCUGACCAUCCAUAUCUGAGCUCAGGUUUCGAUGGAUCAUACCACUCAGCAGGUGAUCAUGCUGGUCUAUCCGAUACUACAGACCACCCAGUAGCAGUGAUGUCACAUACUGAUUAUUCAUCAUCGCACAUUGACCACCCAGGAAAUGGUCGUCAAAGCCAGGUUACAGACACACAUGGAGGUGAUCAUGCGGUCAACGAUGUGCAUCAUGAUGUAACAGAUCCACCUGGGCAGCAGAUUGUGUCUACAGACAUAGGCCUACUAGAUGCUGGUGAGCACGUCGUCGUCUCUCACCACGACGACAUGGGAGCUGUUACAGACGGGGUCGCUGUUCAGCAUCAUGAUGACGUUCACACCGUCAGCCCUCAAACAGAUACCACAGCACUUGGGGCGAACGUGUACAGCUCCAGCGCACCAGGGACGCCCGAUUCUGUGCUUGGAUUUGGACAUGACACUACAGUUGUUGCAGAAGCACACAGUGUCUUCAUUCAGACCGAUUCCCCAGUCACAGCUGAUGCACAAGGAUCCACUCUACAGGCUUCAAGUCAUCCUGGUGUAACAGAACAGACACAGCCUGCUGUUUCCGCAGCUGAACAGUACAACCCAUCUGGUCAGGGUCCUGAAGGUGCAGAAAAUGUGGAACUGGAGGAUACCUGCUGACUUCCAUAUGAAGCCUCGUGUCAAGUUUCUACGCUACAGAUUUCAGUGUACGGACCAGUCUGCAUGGCAGAGAAACAGUGAUCCAGCCCACUAGCAAAUCUAGUUGUUUGUGUCUAUGUUUGUUUGUUUGAACUUUGUCUAUUUAAACUUAAAGAUGACACUGUAAGUAAACUUUUUGCGCACUUGUUAAUAGAUGUUUUGUUUCAUUCGUUGCAUAUAUGAUAAAAAGACAAGAGGGUACUAAGGAGAACCCUCUGACUCAGAUGAAUAUGGCUCAUACAAAAGCGUCAUCCCUAUGAAUAUUGUUGUACAAAAGCUCAAACAAUAUACUGAAUCUUUAUGAAGCUUUGUUAUUUUGUAAUUUCCACAAGUACUGUAUUUCCCAGUUUAGAAAAUGUGAGAAAUAAUCAUUUUGUGUCAGAAAUUGUACAUUGCGAAAUGUAUAUCAAAGUAAUCUCUACAUUAAAAGGAACAUCUAUUUUGAA